GUUCUCAUUGGCUGGUGCCUUUGACGCUCCCUUCAAAACUAUUUUGUAAACAAUAAUUUGCGCGGGAAGAGGAGUGAUGAACUUUACUCCUGGCCAGUGGGAUUUUUUAACGUAUGGUAAUCACGAACCUUGUUGUGUUGUAAACACCUGGAGGCUCACCGCUCAUCUAUGAUAGGUUAAGACGCUUACUGCUGAGCUAAGAUACGACAGAAGAUUCACCGCUGAGCUGAGAUGGAGUCAUUUGAUUUUGUUAUUCCCUUAAGUUUGGAUGCUCUUCAAGAGUCGACAAGCACACGACAGUAUGUUGUCACCAACAUCUCCAUUAGUCGAGAAAUACCAAAGAAGAUUCAAGAGGCACAUGUGUUGUUUAGACAAGAUGGACCCAAGUUUAUUAUCAGAGAGCAAUGUUUUGAUGCAUUUUACAGCAUUUUGGUCAAUUUUGCAUCUGUUGAUAAUGAGUUUAAGCAUCGAUCAUUGGAUAUUCUGGUAAAUGCAAUGGGAAAGCUGUCUGCUGAACUAGCUCUUCUACUUGAUGGAGAGAUGUCAGGCCGUGAAAAGCACAACUGGCUGAAUGUUCUGAAGAUGACCACUUAUUUGGCAUGCAACCUUACUGAAGCUUUUGAAAAUAACUACAACAAACCAACCACUGACACAUUAUUGCUUGGCAAGGCACGAAAAAAGACUGCUCGAACUUCUGAUGAUGUCAUGGAUUGGGAAGAAGAGAGAAAUCACAUGUUACUACAGAUUUUCUCUGUUCUGCAGUACCCAUUGCAACGUCUGUGGGAACCUCCUAUCAUGGAAGAAGAUUUUGUCAAUUUGAUUGCCAACUGUUGUUACAAGAUCCUUGAAUCACCGAGUAUGAACUUAGCACGCACAAAACCCACUCGUGACUCCAUAUUCCAGAUAAUUGGUACAUUGAUAAAAAAGUUCAAUCAUGGUCUGGGGUGUGCCCUGAAACUUAUGCAGCUGUUGCAACACUUUGAGCAUAUGGUGACUCCUGCUGCCCAGGGAGUAAUUCUCCUGGUUGAAUCCUUUGGGAUAAAAUCAGUGGUGGCUGAACUGGUACGAGAAAUAUCUAAAGUGGAUGCCAGGGACUUGUUGAAAGACACCUCAGGUCUUCGCAAUUUCUCUCAAUUUCUCAUGGAGGUUUCAGAUAAAUGUCCACAAGUGGUGAUGCCAUCACUUAGCUUAUUAAUUAAUUUUUUACAUGAAGAGGCACAGAGUAUGCGGAAUUGUGUGUUGUCUAUCCUUGGGUCUUUAGUACUUAAAGUGCUCAGUGGAGAAGAUCUUGAUUUCAAGAGCAAAGAGUUACGUGAUCAGUGUCUUGACCACUUAGAGGAUCACAUUCAUGAUGUUCAUGCUUUUGUUCGCAGUAAGGUUCUACAGAUAUGGAAUGAAUUAAUAACAGAGAAAGCCGUUCCUUUACGGAGACAGCACAGAAUACUAAAGCUUGUAUUAGGGCGCUUGCAGGACAAGUCCUCAAUUGUACGAAAGAAUGCAGUUCAAUUAUUAACUGCAUUUGUAAAAGGCAAUCCAUUUGCUGCCAAGUUGCCAUUGGAAGAACUACAAUCACAGUAUGAAAUAGAAUUGAAGAAGCUCCAAGAAAUGUCACCUGGCAUUAUAUUAGAAUCUUCAGACAAAAAGAAUACACCAGUGGAGAAGAUGGUUACAACAAAUGAACUGUGGAAUGCAAUGCUUCCAGAAGUAGUUGACAGUAUUCGUGAAAUUAUUAAUGAAGAUGGGUCAGAUGAUGAUGGUGAAGAUACUUUGGAAGAUGGUGUAUCUCUCAAUGAUGCAGUGUCUGAUGUAGCAGAGGCACUCAAGUCUAGUAAGAUUCGUCGUGCAGUGAAGUUAUUAGAAGCUGCCUUUGAAUUAUUCAGUGGAGCUGAAAUUCUUGUGUAUAAUCCAGAAGAUUGCAGCGAUAGAUCAUAUAAAGAGAUUUCAAAGAAGUUGACUGAGAACCAGAUGCGCUACCAUGUGGUCCUGGAGCGCAUCUUUAAAGCUGCUGGAGAAAUGGAACGAAUGAAGGAGUCUGAGAAAAAUGGAGAAAAAAUGGAUGAAGAUGAAGUUAACAAAAAUGAUAGACAAGAAACUGAAAAGAGCAGUGAGGAAAGUGAAGAAAAUGAGAAAGAAAAAGAAAUAAAUGCUGAAGUAGCUAAGCAGAAGCAGUUGGUGAUUUAUCUUAAGGAUUCUGUUGCCUUUGCAAAAUUAAUUCAUAAAGGCUUGCCUGUGGUGUGCCAGUUGAUGGGAAGCAAAAUUGUCUCUGAUGUGUUGGAAGCAGUUUCAUUCUUUGUUACAGCAUUUGAGUUUGGUUUGCUGAAUGCUAUGACUGGGGUACGCCGAAUGCUGGCAUUGGUAUGGAGUAAGGAACAAGGCAUCAAGACGGCUGUCGUCGAGGCAUAUCAGCGUCUUUACAUAAAUAUUGAUUCCCCCAAUGACAGAACACGUGCUCUGCAUAUAAUUAGCAACUUAUCUGCACUCAUCACUGGAGCCACACUGGGAGAACGCACAUCAAUGGAAGAGAUUAUCACUCAAUUUGUCACUUCAGGGGACAUUACCAAACAAUGUGUGACACUACUGUGGGAACGUUGCACAAAGACCUUGCCUGACACAACUGAUGAUGAAGCUCGAUCAGCACUUAUUCUCCUGGCAAUGUGUGCAAAUUCGGAAGUUAGUAUCAUCUCUAGCAACAUAAGUGUGCUAGUCAAUGCUGGCUUAGGGGAGCGAGGAGAGCAAGACUUUGCACUUGUAAAAGAGACUUGUACGGCUUUGCUGAAAUUGGCAGUAACAAAACCCAAAACAGAUGCAGUCACUCCACCAUUCCGACUGGAUCGUGACCAUGAAAUAUUUGAGAGGCUCAGCAAGAUCCUUGUCAAAGGUUUGACAGUUCUUCAUGAUCGUCAGUAUUCUCCUAUGGCUAUAGAGGCUGUGUCGGCUAUAUAUGCACUAGCUGAACAUCCCGACCUUAUUUGUGGAGAGAUUAUUAAACAGAUGAGCAGAGAGAUGCUGGAGUUCCCUAAUGAAGAACCUAAUGAGCCUGAGAGCGAAUGUUCAACACCCCAGGCUCCCACUCUGCAGGUUCCUGUAGGAGUUCUGUCCCGCUUUUAUGUUGUCUUGGGUCAUGUGGCUCUGCGGCAGUUGAUUCAUCUUGAUACUUUCAUCUUUUCCGAAUUAAAGCGAAGGAAUUUCCUCCGGGAAGAAAUGGAGACGGAAAAAAAGAUUAAAAAGAAGAGAAAGAACAGAAGAAAGUCUCGUGCCACUUCUGCGAGUGAAGUGUCUAGGGUGGGUUCUCAGGAGGGAGACAUAGAUGAAGAAAUGGGUCUUACAGGUGCUGUGGCUGAUGACAUGGAGGCAGAAUAUAUCCGUUCAAUAUGUGAAACUGAGAUCAUCACUGGAGACAAUCUUUUAGCUACACUCAGACCAAUGAUAUGGGCAGUGUGUUCAAAUCCUGGUAAAUAUCCAGAUCCUGAGUUACGAACAGCAGCAACUCUAGCUCUGGCUAAAUUUAUGAUGGUUUCAUCUGAUAUAUGUGAAGAAAAUUUGCAGUUGCUCUUCACUAUCUUGGAGAAAUCUGAAGAAGCUGUGAUCCGUGCCAACAUCGUGAUUGCUUUAGGGGAUCUAUCAUUCAGGUUCCCCAAUCAGUUAGAACCAUGGACCCCGCGCCUCUAUGCCAGAUUACGAGAUGAUUCUCCAAAGGUACGUCAGAAUACUCUAACCAUCCUUACCCACCUUGUGCUAAAUGACAUGGUUAAGGUGAAGGGCCUAAUUUCUGACAUUGCUCUCUGCAUUAAUGACAAGGAUCCUCGCAUAUCAGGUCUUGCAAAUCUCUUCUUUAAUGAACUUGCAAGAAAGGGCAAUGCUCUGUAUAAUGUGUUGCCCGAUAUUAUGUCUCGUCUCUCUGAUGCGGAACUUGGAAUUGAAGAGCAGCACUUCAGGACAAUAGUUGGACACAUAUUUUCUUUGAUUCAAAAAGACAAGCAACAGGAAAAUUUGGUUGAGAAAUUGUGUCACCGAUUCCAAGCUACCAUCAAUACACGACAGUGGAGGGAUAUUGCCUAUUGUCUUUCACUCCUUCAGUUCAAUGAAAAAAGUACAAGGAAGCUCAGUGAAAACUUCAGCUGCUAUUCUGACAAAAUGCACGAGCCUGAGGUGUAUGAUUUCUUCUUGGGGAUUUUGGCAAAUGCUCAGAAGACAGCAAAACCCGAGUCCAAGGCAUUAAUUGAAGAAUUGGAGGGGCGUAUACAGGAGAGCCAUGACAAAGGGGUGGAAGAUGAAAAUGUAAUCAAUAAAGCUGCUAGUGCCAAAUCAAAAUUCAAAAAACCACGUUACCCUGCACAAUCAGCAAAAAUUAGAAGAAAACCAAAGGAAAGUUCAAGUGAAGAGGAAGAGGAAGAUGUUCGGAAUCAGUUACACCCUGCUCAUAGAAACAACAAAGAAAACAAUGUGAGGAGGUCAGUGAGGCAGUCAACAAAUACUUUUACUUCAAAACAUCAGAAGAAAAUUGUUGAUGAGGAUUCAGAUGAUGAUAAUUUAAAAGGCUCCAGCAGCAGCGGUUCUGAUGAAAUGGAGCGGCCUCGGAAAUCUGUCAGAAAUGUUACACCCCAGCCUUUAGCUGAAAAUCAUUUUCGUCCCAAAAGAUUAAAUAGGCGAAAAUAAGAAAUUAUUGUACUGUCAAUGUAAUGGUUAUUAUUAUUAGCAAAAUGUAUAUACAGUAUAUAACAUGAAAGCAUUGGCUGUUUGUGUGAAAUAUAAUACUGAAUAUAAUUAUAUAGUUUGUACUGAAUAUAAUAUAUAGUCUCAAUUAUUCAGAUAAAUUGAGACGAGCAAUGUAUUGACCUGGGUGCAACAAAUGAGCAAUUAUCUGAGGGUUGGGAGGAAUGAUUCGGACCAUUCAAAUGAUGAUGAUUGAGGAUGAGACAUUUCCAUUGGCCAACAUAAAUGAGUUUACUCAAGAGAUGUAACAAGUACAACUAGGUGAGUACAGGAGAGCUCAAGUUCUUCUCAUUAACAACUAUAGACAAUGUGACAUUUAUUUCUGCAGUUUGAUCAACUGACCCUGAAUUGAUGGCAUGUAGUUAGAAACACACCUAUUUACAAAGUACUGGAGGAGGAAGUGAAGACAAAUAUUACCAUAUCAUAAAUGAUAAAUGGUUUAUUAAUGAAGUAUAUUCUGUAGUAAACAAAGAUGAAGACUACUGUGUGUGUUACUAGAGGAAUUACUUUGUUUUGAUGUCUUACCAUAACUGUCUUUCUUCAAAGAAUUGUAAUUUUGUGUAUGUAAGUAAGAUGCAUUUAUUUACAUGUAUACAGUAUUUUUAUAAACAUUGAUAUAUUUUCCAUUAAACAUAUUUGGUGGUAUUAAGUAUGCACUCUCUUGACAAAUCUUUGGUUUCCUCACUGUACAUAAAUUAGCUUAUAAAAUUGUUGACUAAAACUAUGUUUGCUUCAAUUAUUUUUAAUUAUCAAUCCCAUUUUUUUAUGAUUUUUGUAGUACAGUACAUAUGAUUUUCAGAAUUAUGUCAGUUUUAGGCGUUUACCCUUGUAGACCAUAGGGCCACACAGCCAGGCUGAUCUAGUAACUCCAGCAGAAACCUUGUCAAGUUUUCCUUGAAAAUGUUUGUUUGUUCUUGUAUGUAUAUUUGUUGGCAGGAGAUUGAAACAAUGUGGGGGCAAUAUCUAGAAUGAACAAAAAUAUGUAACACAAUUUUUAACAAAGUGUCAUAGCUCUAGAUAAGGAAUUGGUAGCCUUCAAUAACCUUCGAGAUAUCUCUAUACUGUGUCUGAUACACUGUUCUCUAAUCGUACUCGUGGUGCUGUGACUUUUCAUUGGAUUAAGUUCACACUUCCUGCCAUUACUUUUACUCUAGUUGUAAUUUCAUUCUAUAAGUUUGGUACCUAACACUCCAGUAUUUUAUGUAAAUAUUAUGAUAUGCGGUAUAUACAUCUAUUGAAGGAUUACAAUUUGAGUGUUUUCAUGUAGUCCCAGUAGUUCAAGUACUCCAACAGUUCUUUGCAGGCAGUCAAGGAUCUGUACAUUGGUGUGGUAUAUCUUGCUUUGAAUGUUCUCAUUAACCACCAAAUCAUUUUCCUGGCUUUUAUUUUUAUAAGUUUAUUUUCUUGUGCUGGCUAAACAUUAGGUUUUCUGACAUAAUUAUUCCCAGAUCUGUAACUCCUUUUAAGUUGUUUUUUUUCACUGAACUAAUUGGAGUUUUAUUACAGUUGAAGAUUAUAA